GACGAACAUCAAGAGUGAAGAUACUUCUGAUAUUCUCGCAACAAUGGAACAAGAUCACGAUUUCUCACACCAAAAAAAUCAAACAAGUAUCACUCACCCCAUCCUCGUAAUGCCCAAAUAUACGCCCUUCCUGUGCCUUUUACCACUCGUCAAUCUGCCUACAGAACGCUGCGAUUCGUAUGGAUCCGCGCAGGAGGAGGCGCAGUAUCUCGACUGGCACGGCUGCACCCCCUUCACGCUGCAGCAAAAAGACUCGCAUGUACCCGUCGACCGCUUCAUGCAACCUGCAACCUGCAACCUGCAACCUCUCAUUCUGCACCGAAACUGAGCCUCACUCCCGCAGCCACCACUGCACCUAUUCUUCGACCCCCAACAUCCCAACUCCCCGUACUGUACAUGUACAACCCGGUGUCGAGUAGAAAGGGAAUGGCUAUGCUGCUGGAUUUGAAUUUGACCAAACUUGGCUUUCACCCGGGAUCCUGCGCUUCUCAGUGGCUGAAUCGAGAGUGUAAGGGACCUCGAUUAGAACAGUCGACCCCGGAAAAUGGAUGACUGAUGUGCUGUCGGAAGUAAAAUGUGGAAAGUGAAUGUCGGUCCCAAGAUAAGUCUGACUUUCUUUCACCUUCAAAUAAAAUAAAAUAAAAUAAAAUAAAUUGUU